AUAAGAUUUUUUAUAUUAUCAUUUUUUAUUUGGAUAACAUAAUAAAAUUUUAUCAAAUUCUAAGGAAACACUAAUUUAUGUAUAUUAAAAAUAUAUUAGUAAUUUAAUCAUUUUUUAAAAAAAAAUACUAUUAGAUAUUUUGUGUUUUGUCGGAUCAAUGGUAUCAUAUCGCAGGUUAAUAGUGAGUUUUUGGUUUUUUUACCGGGUUAUAUCGGAUUUUUAAUUAACUAAUUUUUCAUUAAAUCUGAACAGGAUUACAUACAAUGUCUCGGAUCUUCAACCAUGAAUCUAAGUCGGAUAUGAAAACAAAUCUUAAAACUCAAACAUUAUUAUAGAACAACUACCAUAUUUCGAACAAAUAUCAUAUUUUAAAGAGAAAAAACCUAAAAACUCAAUUCUUAUGGUUCGAAACAAAAAUAAUAGUAGUUUGUAAAUCAGUUUUCGAUUAAUAAAUGAAAAACAAACAAAACCCGCGCUUUCUAAGCGUGGAUCAAAAUCUAAUUCCACAUUAAAUGGUGAUCUAGAUAAAAUCAUGAAGGUGAAAUCAAUAUUAAAAAAGAUGGUUCUAAGACCAUUUUCGGUCCUUUCUAGGAAACCCGUAAAAAAUAUUUUAUAAAUAUAAUUUCUCUCAUUUUUUCAAUAAUAAAUGAAUAUUUCAAGUAUAUUAUAGUAAUACUACUUAUUAUUAAUUCUAAAAAAUAUUAUUAUUUUAUAACACAAAUAAAACUUUUAUUUGAACUAAAUCUUUAUUAUAUGCAUAAGUUUACUUUCUAAAAAAAUAUUUAAUGUUUUAUAUAAACUAAUAAUCAUAUUAUGAAAGUAUUAAUAUUUUUUUAAGUAUUAAACACAACUAUUUGUUUUUUAGAUAUUAAAAGUUAUAUAAAAGUUUAAAGACUAACUAUAAAUAAAAAAUUAAUACUAAAAUGAGCCUGUGAAUAAUAUACCUUCAAAUUCAAAAUUAAUACUAAAACAAAAUACAAAUCCGUUUUGAAUUUACGUCUUUUUGAUGAAAAGAACUAAGGUAAGCAAUUAAGCAUUGAAAUUUGGAGAUGCCCUAAGAAAAUCAUGAAUACUAGAUAUUUUCUUAACCUAUAUUUUUUUACAAAUAACAAAUUAGUAAUUAAGAAUUAAAGACUAAAAUGAGUUUAUGUAGUCUUUAAAAACGAGAUUUAUAUAGGUAAGAAAAUAUUACAAAUUAGUAAGAAAAAGUAAACAUAAAUAUUACUAGUACUCGUAUGUUUGUGGAACACUUUAUUCUAGAUUCGACAAAAAUGGUGAUCUAUAAAGACAUGGAGGUAGAAAACAACAUUAAACAAAACGAUGUGGAACCUAAUAAAAUCGUCAGAAAUGCAUCAUCACCUGGCUCUUAAAUAAAGCUAAACUAUUAACUGAAUAUUAUGUUUCAAUUAAUAUCAUAUCAAACCGGUAAAGGCACGUUAACUAAAUCAUAAAUCUUAAUAUAUUUGAAUAUUGAUGAAUUUUUGUUUUGCACAUUACUACAAAAGUAAUAUACGUAUUUCUUUCUGCAACAUUUUUUUUUUUUUUUUUUGGUAAAACUUUCUGCAACAUUUUUGUGUGGAUAAGAGAUAAGUAACUAACUUAUAUAGACUUUUCUAUUUUUUCUUUAGUGGAAUCUCUUCAAACAAGAUUAUUUUUAUUGGUUCCACGAUCGAUGUAUAUAUAGGUGGUUUCGUGCAUUCAGUUUUUGUCAAGUUAGCUUGUGAUAUUUCAAGUGUACUUCGUUAAAAAAAAUUAUCUUGUAGAUAAGAACAUGGCUCGUUUAGGUGAAUAUACAAAAUAUAUACGGUAAUUAGGUAUUCAUGCAGAUUUCAAAAGUAUUUGGAAAUGUGGGUAUUUGUUGGGGUGUAGUGACCAUUCUAUCCAGUUACAAAGAAAAGAAACGAUCAAACAAAUCAUGAUUUAGAUAUAUCACCAUAAGAAAAAUCUCCAGAAAACAAAUGAGCUCAUCAUCAUCAUCACAAAAAAUAAACACCAUUACAAACGCAUAACUCAAACUAAUCAAACAAGGGAAACAAAAACAUAAAUACCAGAAAAAAAAAUCGAGGACAAUAACAUGGAUCAUCACGCAACUUCCGUUCAUCUUCUCCGCACAAGCACUCUCGGUUAUUAAUCUGUUCAAGAGAAACAAACAGAGCCAGUGGAAAUCUGAUAUGGUUCCCUAUAACAAACAGAGAUUCAUACCAUUCAAAAACUCAAAAAAAAUAAUUGGAAUAAAAAUAUUAGAAUGAAAAAGAUCAAAGAAGAUGCUUUAUAACAAAAACAAAGAGAUCUUCUCUGUCGGCAAAGAUCAUGUCGGGAAAAACAGUUUCUUCAUCUACCGGCUAGAGCUUCAGGUAAGUCAAAAAUUUGUGAAGACAUCUUCAGGUAAAUCACUGAUUUGGGAAAAUAAUAUAUCACCUUUGAGAACAAAGUUGCUUCUAGAUAUGAAUAGAGGCUGAAGAAAGAGAAAUUGAAAUAGGAAGUGGUGAUGAAUUUAGUUUUUUUCUGUUUUUUUGCGUAGAAAAGUUUCUUCAAAUUUUUAAAACUUCAUUAUUAAUACAGAAGCCUGUUGUUGGCAUGGACAAGAAAGGAGUUGUGUUAGUUGUAGGUCCACUUCUGUGUCACAUUGAAUAAGGUUAAUGUUGGUAUUAUUAAAAAAUCAACAGUUGCAUGUCCGUUUACCUAAUAUCAAUUCAUAAUUUGUCUAUCUAGUGCGAAUUCCUUAAAAACAUCAUUGUUUCAAAUAAUUAUUACUAUUAUUUGAUAUGAAAAUUGUUACUGUUUUAAAUGGAGAUGUCCAUAAGACUUGGUCUACAUUUUUUAGACAAUAAAGUCUUGGUCUACAGUUUUUCGUUGAUGAACAAGAUUUUUUAUGGUUUUGUGCUAUCCUUAUUCAAACUAGUGCAUUUCCAAAGUUUUUAUAUUUGUUUUACAGUUAUCAUUUAAAAAUGAAAUUGCUAUUUUUUAUUUUAAAAAAAUAAUAUUUUUUAAAAAAUUUUACUCUCAAAUAGAGAAACAUUAUUUUAGAAAUACAUUAGAAUAAACUCUAUUUUUAUUAUAUAAUUUUUCAAUUUUAACAAUUUGUUUUUGCAAAAUACAUUGGAAAUGGAUUUACGAAAAAAGCACAAGAGCCAUAUUGUCCCUUCAAAGCUUUAUUGGCCGUAGUUAAAGCAGAAAAGGUUGAUAGUAAUAUGAAAUCAGAUAAUUCAAGUUGUUUUUCUUUAUCGAUUCUUCUGAUGUCUGAUUGAUUCUAGUCUUGGCAGUAAUUAUAAUAUGUAUAAUAAGAUUUACUCAAAUUCAUUUUUUCUUUAUUGAUUCUUCUGAUGUCUGAGUAAUUCAAGUUUAGCAUGAUCAUUGAUUAUAGGAACUUGAUUAUAUAACGUCACAUUUUCUACAAAAAUGAAUAGACAUAUAACGUCACAUUGUUUGCGGAUCGUAAUCCUUUCUUGAAGGGUAAUCUCAUAAAUUCAAAGGAGCUCGGAUCAGUAAAGAUUUGAGGGAGAGAUCGCGACAAGGACUUUAAAUGGAUCCGACACGCGACUUUCAUGUGACUGGUUCCCUCAUCGCUGGAACAUAUUCACUCUUCAGCUUUGGGUCCUAUAAUAGCUUCUGAGUUCUGACCCUUGAUUAAUCUCAUAUACCUCAUUCGGUAUAUGUACAUAUUUAUACAUAAUUUUAUAUACGAAUUAGGAAAUAUAGUCCUUGAUAAAAAUAAGAAGUCAAAAAAAGAGGUGUAUAUUUUGGAAUUUAAAUAAUUUUGGUUAGUUUCAACUGUCAGUGAGACAAUGGACUAAUCAGUUUUUUUUUUGACAACGACAAUUACAAAUCACUUUUUUUUUGACGUUAAAAAAUCAUUCUAUUACUAAAGCUUGAGGUGGUUUGAGUAACUAGACCGGAAUAUAACAACUAAUAAAAAGUAACUCCCAAUGGAAGGAUCUAACAGUUUAAAACUGAAAUAUGAUUUUGCGCUCGUGGAACAUGAAUGAUGUUGAAGUCCGGAAAGCACAUUUGUAACGUCUCUAUCCUCUCCAAUUCUGUCGCAAAGCUUGGCCAAGCAUGAAGUUCAUUUGUCAUUGCAAUCAGCUCCUUACAAUCUUUCCCAAAAAUCUGGCACGUUGAGUGUUGAAGCAUAUUCCCCAUUGCCCACAGCAAUGCUUCUACUUCCGAAUGUAAGGCUGAUUCCUGUCGAGUGAAGUUUCUUGUCCCCAGAAGUUGAAUGUUCCCACCACUGUCCAUCCAAAUCCAUCCGCAUCCACUAAAGUGAGCAGAGGCUGUCCAAGAACUAUCUAACAAACAAAUGUUACCCAAGCUUAUGACUUGGGGUCCCUCCGUGUUGUUAUCUUGAACCACUGUUUGCACCACUUCGUUCGAAUCAAAACAGGUUUGACAUUCAAUUUCUGCAUGUCGAACUAGCUCCAAAGGAUUUUUGUUUAUCCCCUGAAAAGUUUGUCAUUUCUAGCCUUCCAAAUAUACCAGAUUAUCCAAGGAUAAGUAUUUCUAUCUCGUUCUGGUUCAAUAGUAUUGUUUUUCCUCCAUAAUAGGUAAUCCAUAUUUAUGUAGACAUUUGGCAAUGGAAAUAUAACUGUCCUUGUUACAAAUCAGUUAAAAUGGUGUCGAUUAGGUUAUAAUAUAUGAUAUAUCCCUAAAUAAUUUUUGUUAGUUUGAAAUAAAAUUUUAAAUACCUCACAUAAUAGAUAACUGAACCGAAUCAAAACUUUUUUUUUCUCAAUUAGUUUUGAUACGAAACAAACUAACCAACAAAACCAGAAAAACCAAAUAAUCCACUGGUUCCGUUAGCUCGGAAUCCUAGUCCAAAUAAAACAAUUUCUUUUUUGAGACUAGAAAACAGUAGUAACAGAUAAAUAAUUCAAAUGGGCCUGAAAAUUCUACUAUGUGUUAUUUUGACUAAGCCUAGUGGACUUUCUCAUGUUGCUACGUUGUGUACAUGGACAUUUUACAAAAGUCACAAAACCAUAACACGGUUACAACUUACAACUUAACAUAAUAUGAUUUUUUUUCCUUUCAUUUUGUAAUGACAAAGGUUACACAUAAAAUGUGCAUAUUAACUCGCAGAUUGCAAGAAGCCUAUGUUCUCCAAGUUGCAUAAAAUGCACACACAUAAAAGCAUUUUUAAUCACACCUCUGAGCAUAUCGAGUAAAUCUAACGGGACAAACCAUUUUUUUGUCUAUUUUCAUUUUCGUCACCGUUAUCUUAGGGUUGAGACUGCACAGUCUGGCGGCCUUGUCUGUCAGUUGCGGUCCUCCCUUCUCGGUCUCUGCACAACGAGACAGAACAGCCAUGCCCGAGUCGCCAAAAGGAUCUUUGCUUUCCAUUUUCGCUUGUUGGAUGGGUUUCAUGGCGUGGAGGGCCUCUAUGAUGAUCUUGGUUUCUGGUGUCUCGUUGGGAUUAUGUCUCUCUCUCUGUUAGGGGACGAUAGGGAAGGUCAGGAAAUCCCGUUAUCAGUUUUUAUACCGAUGGUUGAAGGACGCUCGGUGGUAAAUAUGUUCAUUUUUCACAAUAUUAUCUUGCCAAGAUUACUUGACAUUAUUUAAGUUAUUGAUACAAUUUCAAUAACAAAACAUAAUAACACAAAAUUAAUUAAAUUUGUUACAACUAAGGGAGAUGAAUUCUCAAGAAACCUUAGUCAAAUUCACAAAAAAUAAAACAUUACAUAAGUUCAAAGUUAGAAGACUUUCAUUAGAAGACUUUCAUUAGAAGUCUUCUUGGAAGUCUUCUCAAAAUACUUAAAUUUAAAGCGAGAAAUGAAAAUAUAAGCGACAAAUUUAAGCAGAAAAUUAAAAUUUAAGCAGAAAACUCAAAAUUUUAAGUGAAAGUUGAAAUUUCAAAUUUCAUGCAAGUUAAAAAGUGUAUCUUAUGAUCUAAGAAAACAUAUUAACCAUGUUAAUUGAUAUUCUUGAAGUUACUUAACACUUUGAAUAUUAAAUAAACAUACCUUAAAGUUAAUUAAUAAAUUUACAAAAACUAACGUAGAAGACUUCCAUGAAUUUCAUUCGGGAGCUCAAAUAUCGACUAAUAUACAUGAAUUAACAAGAAAAUGUUUAAAAAAAAUUAGUCUUAGAGAAAUUGAAAGCUUAUUAAACAUUGACGCAGACGACAUCCAAGGAGGUCGUUUGGUAGACUUCUAGGAAGUCGUCCAUUUAGGUUAAUUUUGCAAUUGACUUUUAACCAAAAUGACUUACAUGGAAGUCGUCCGUCUUUGUUUGUUAAAAAAAAAUCUCGAGACGACUUCCAUGUAAGUCUUAUAGGGUAAACAUGUUAGUUUUGCAUUUGACCGAAUUGUGUCAGAAAUUUGAUUUUUCCUGUACAACUUACACAUAAGUCGUCCAGUAGAAAAUUAAAAAAUCAAUAUUUUGUUAUACCUAGACGACUUCCAUGUAAGUCGUUUCAAGUUAGUUUUGCAACUAAAAAAUAAAAAUUUAAAAAUAUUUUUUUUCUAGACGACUUACACGGAAGUCGUCCGUCCGACAAAUUACACGGAAGUCGUCCGUCCGACGAUUUAUACGAAAGUCGUCCGACCGACGAUUUAUACGAAAGUCGUCCAAGAUAAGCAAGGUUUGACCAGAAUCUCGGAAUAAAAUCAUGGGCGACUUUCGUGUAAGUCGUCUAACGGACGACUUCCGUAUUAGUCCUCUAGAAAAAAUAAAAUUUUAAGUUUUAUUUUUCAUUUGCAAAACUAACCUGAAACGACUUACAUGGAAGUCGUCUAGGUAUUACAAAAUAUUGAUUUUUUAAUUUUUUACUGGACGACUUAUGUAAGUCGUCCAAGAAAAAUCAAAUUUCUGACACAAUCCAGUCAAAUGCAAAACUAACCCGUUUACCCUAGACGACUUACAUAGAACUCGUCUCGAAUUUUUUUUUAACAAACAAAGAUGGACGACUUCCAUGUAAGUCGUCUCUAAAAACACAUUUAAAAGUCAAUUGCAAAACUAACCUCUGCAUUGAACAGAAGACUUCUAUGUAAGUCGUCUACAGCAAGAAGACUUAUCCAGAAGUCGUCUUGGCGAACAUAUUUGGAAAAAAUAUUGAUUUUCUAGUUUCAACCAGUGAAAUAAUUUGUUUAGCACACAUAAGUCUUCUCCAACCACCCAGAAUCUCAAACAAAAGUGACCCACCAAGAAUCGUAAGCUUUAAUGACUCUACGAAACAUAAAAAAUUUAGAAUCAAAAUCUUGAGUUUUUGGAUGAAUAUGGAGAGAAAGUGAAAGAUAUGUUGUUUUUAGUUCAUAAGAAUUGAGAAAGAAGGAGUGUAAAUCGAUUUAGGUGCACUAAGAGCUUCAAAUUGGUUGUUCUUGGUGGUUGGUGUAUUGAUGGAAAUGACAAUCUUGUAAAUACUUGAAAAUGAUGAGGUUGAGAGAAUAAAAAGACGAUUUUCAAAAGAAAAAAAAUUAAUGACAUUUUCGUGAAUAAUAUGAACUUCUGGGGUGAAUAAGACAAAAGAAAAAUCUAAAAAAGCACGAGUUUGUUUUAGGUUUGACUUUGAGUGUUAGGUUAUAUUUGCAAAUAGCCCAAUUUAGAAUAUGUAAACAAUCAUGAUAUUGCAAAAUUUUUGAAUAACUUUUACAAGAAAUAAUAAAAUUCAUGUCUAGUGAAAAAGUAUUAAACAAUUUAUCCAUAUAAACUCACUGAAUUGGCGAAUAUUUUCUAAAUUUUAAUGUUUGAAUUGCAAACAUUUUCAUCAGAUACUUUUAAAUUAUAGGUAAAAAAUGUAAAUUUUAUAUCUUAAAAAUUUUAAAAUAAAAAUUAAGAUAUUUUUACAUCAUUUAACUAUUUCAUCUCUUUGUGUGAAAAUAUAAUAGUUGUAAGUUAAAAUAUAUAUACUCUCUGUUUUUUGAGUUAUACACGUACAUUAAAAAUAGUAUUUUUUAUAUUUUCUAUACAAAAAUAUCAUUUAAGUAUUCACAUAACUCAAAUCAAUCAAUAAAAAAAAUAGUUUUCUUAAUAUAAAUAUCAAACAACAUAAAAAGUAAAUAAUUUUUUACAUUGAAAAUGUAAUACGUUAUACAAUUUGGAACAAUUUCUUUUAAAACAUCAAGUAUUAAAAAUGGAGAGAGUACUAAAUUAAAUGCAUAUAUUAAUUUUUGGAGUAUGUGAUCCAAAUAUUGAUUGCAGUAUUACUGAUCCGGAUCCACACACGCUUAAAUUUUUUUGGAUAUCUUCUUCACUAUAUUUCACUAUAUAUAUAGAUAUAAAUAUAGAUAUAUAUAUAGAUAUAUAUAUAUAUUUAUCUUUAUAAUUAUAAUUAUAAUUAUUCUUUUCUAAAAUUCUACAUUGUUGUUUCCCGUUUGAAUACAAAUUUAGUUAUUUAGUUAUUUGUUUUGGACCAAAGCAAAUAUAAUAUCCAAUUACGUGUGAAACUAUCUUAUAUUUUUGCACGUGCCUACUUAAUCUGUUUGUUAUCUUUCUCAAUAUAAUGCUGCUUGUAUAAAUCUAAAGUUUUUCUUGUUUCACCACUAAAAUGAUAUAUAAACAAUAAAAAUUUGCUACAUUUUAUUAAUUCUGUUUGGAAAAAGAAAAAUAAAAAAUAAUAAAAAAUAGUAUUAACUGCCGAAAAAAAGAAAAUCCAAUGUUGUUAACGCCGGCAACAAAACACUAAACCUUAGACAUUAUCAAAACCCUAAACCCAAAAUCUUUGAAAUCCUAAAACCCUAUCCUAGAGUUUAGGGUUAGGGUUUCUAGGGUUUAAGGCUUAGGUUUUGGGCUUAGAUUAAUGAGAAAGUUGCAACCUGUCUACAAGCAUAGAUUUAUAAGUUUUUUGCUGAGUUCACCCCAAAGGUGAACCACUAAAAUAAUAGUUAAUAAUAAUUUUUUUUGUCAUUAAUAUUAUUUUCUGAUUAUUUUUUCCUUUUUUUACAAACAGAAUAUGACAUGACAAAUUUUUAUUAACUACUCCAUCUGUUCUUUAUAGAUCCAUUUUUUUUUAAAAAAAAUUGUUUUAAAAAGAGACAUUUUUUUAUAUUUUCAAGGCAUUAAUUAAUAAAAAAUUGUACUUUUCAAAAAAUACAAUUGUAUUUAAUAAAAUUUCAUUGGUUAAAAUUUAUUGGGAAUAAUUAAUUAAGGAAAACAAUGUAUUGGAAAAUGCAAUUUUAAAUUUUUUUCUUAAUAAGUGUGAAAAAAUUAUAACAUGGAUCUUUUAGGAACGGAUGAAGUAUUAUUUAUUGGUUCACCUUUUGGGUGAACUCAGCGAAAAACUUAUAAAUCUAUGCUUGUAGACAGGUUGCAACUUUUAUAAAUAUUAGAUAUCAUCAAAUUAAACACAGCAUUUCCAAUAACAAAUACAAUUAUUAAAUUGCCAAGUUCCUAGGCUCUUUGACAUCUAAAUUUCGAAUUCAAUCAACUGAUCUAUAACAUCCGGAUGCUAAAUACAGGCGUACCAAAAUCAUAUAGCCAAUCGUAUGGUUUUAAUAUUCUUUAAUUCGUUGUAAAGUGCAUGCAGUGAUUUUAUUGAUGAAUGCGAUUGUUCAGGGAAAAGAGAAUAAUAGUAACCUAGAUGACAAAAAAACUCAGCCGUACAUACACACAUGAAUACAAUACAAACCAGACACUACAUAUUCACAUGUCACCCGCCUUCAAGCAGUACUCUUUUUUCCCUACUAUAUACUCCUAUUAUAACAAAAAAACAUAUAUGGAACUUACCACAGCUCGGGUCAACGAUAUAAAAUGCAAUACUUUCCCUAAAUAACAUACCAAAUGAUCGAUCAUAGAAUGCACACCCUACAAUCUAACUAGAGAUUCCUAUUUUUUGCUAUUUCAGACAUAUUGCACAAACAUAUGUGGAUAGAUAUAAUCAUACCGAACAAUUCAGCUAGAUAGAUGUCUAUAUAGUAAAAGCUGCUCUUGUAUUGAUUUGUCCUGCAUAAACGACCGACCGAAACGGUGUGUUUCCCGAUGAUAAGGUUACCACAUACUUACACGGCUCUCUGUAUUGACUCGUCUCUUUCUUUCCACAUCCCUCUCUUUGUCUCGUUUCUCUCCGUUCUUCACUUUUCAGAAUAUUAAAUACAUAAAAUUAAUUAAUCAACGUGAAAAUACAUAAUAUUAUGGACAUGUCGUUUUCGUCACCUUCUCUACGCUUUUUAUUCUUUUUGUUUCCUUAUGUGUCAUGCAAAACCACAAGAAGAAGAGACUAGCUAGUAACACAACUUCUCUCUAAACCGGACCCAAAUGACCAGAACGGGGAUCAUAAGCCCGACCCGGUUCCCUUCUCUCAAAUCCCAACGCUGCGGCAGCGGCGGCGACGCUAGCUUCAUGGAACAGCUCCUCCUCCACUGCGCCACCGCCAUCGACUCCAACGACGCGGCACUGGCUCACCAACUCCUUUGGGUCCUCAACAACAUUGCCUCACCCGACGGCGACUCCUCCACCCAACGACUCACAUCUGCCUUCGUGCGCGCGUUGCUCUCACGUGCCGUCUCCAAAAUCCCCACACUCUUCUCCACCUUCGGAAACACCGUCUUCCAACCGCCGGCAGAUGAAAUACACCGGUUCUCAGUCGUGGAGCUCGCCGGGUUCAUCGACCUAACUCCGUGGCACAGGUUCGGAUUCAUCGCGGCCAACGAGGCGAUCUUAACCGCCGUGGAAGGCUACUCAACGGUUCACAUCGUUGACCUAAGUUUGACUCACUGUAUGCAAAUCCCUACUCUCAUAGACGCCAUGGCAACCAAACUCAACAAGCCACCGCUUCUCAAACUCACCGUCGUCUCCUCCGCCUCCAACUUCCCGCCAUUCAUCAACAUCUCCUACGAAGAUCUCGGUUCAAAGCUCGUCAACUUCGCCACCUCGAGAAACAUAGAAAUGCAGUUCACCAUCAUCCCUUCAACGUACUCCGAUGGCUUCUCCUCCCUCCUCCAACACUUACGGAUGUACCCUACUUCCUACAACGAAGCUCUCGUCGUUAACUGCCACAUGAUGCUCCGUUACAUCCCCGACGAAACCCUAACUCCAUCAUCACCAUCUUCUUUAUCUCUCCGAAACGUGUUCUUGAACCAACUCCGAUCCCUGAACCCCACAAUGGUAACCCUAAUCGAAGAAGACGCAGAUCUCACGUCGGAGAAUCUCGUCACGCGGCUGAGAUCGGCGUUUAACUACUUCUGGAUCCCUUUUGACACGACGGACACCUUUAUGAGCGAGCAGAGGAGGUUGUACGAGGCGGAGAUAAGCUGGAAGAUAGAAAACGUGGUGGCCAAGGAAGGUGUGGAGAGGGUUGAGAGGACGGAGACGAAGGGACGGUGGCUUGAGAGGAUGAGAGAUAAUGAUUUCGGUGGAGUUAGGGUUAGAGAAGAGGCGGUUUCGGAUUUGAAGGCGAUGCUAGGGGAGCACGCCGUUGGAUGGGGAAUGAAGAAGGAUGAUGACGACGAGAGUCUUGUGCUGACGUGGAAAGGUCAUAGUGUUGUGUUUGCUACCGUUUGGGUUCCAAUGUAGUUGGGGUUGAUUUGGUUUUUGAUUGGAUUUUAGUAUUUAGGAUUGCUGUAUUUUGCGUUAUAUAUAAUUUUAAUUAUGAAGAAUUAGGAUUUUGGACUAACAACUAAACCAUA